UUGAACGGUGCCCGCGACGUGUCGACAUACAUUGAGAAAAAUUUCCAUCGGAUGAACCAAUUAAAUAAAGUUUCCGAUGGUUAAUUUUGUUUUCCGAUAAAUGAUACCUUCAUCGGAUAUGUCCGAUCAUGUUCUUCAUCGAAUAUACAAUUCAAUCGGAUAUAUCCGCUUGUUACUAUGUAAUUGGAUUAUCCGAUUAGAUAGGCGAACUAUUUAGAUUGUGAUAAUGCUAAUUUGGUUUUUUACGUUAAUAUGUAUCACAAACAAUAUUUUAUUUUAUUUUAUUUUCCUUCAAUAUCUCUAUAAAUAAUUAAUAAAAUCAUUCCUACUUAAAUUAUUAGAAUUUUUCUGUGUAAGACAUUCUAAUAUUAAACAACUAGACAACGUAAAAAGUUAAUGUACAAGUCGACGUGAUGACAUGUAGCUGGAAAUCGAAAUAAUUCAGUAGAUAUCUCGAAAACGCGACAGUGUUUCACGUAGUAGUAGUACGACUGCUGCAAUGAAAGAUAUCAAUUUGAACAAUCCGUAGGUACAGGCAGCGCCCGGUUUAUCACUCGUAAUGAGGCCAUAAGAGACGGCCGGACACUAUCGCUAUGACAGACUCUAUAAAUGUAGCAAUACGCUCGCACCUUGCAGUAUCGGUCUCAAAGUGAGACCGCGCGGUCCCCAAAAACUCUUGCCACUAUUCUGUUGAGGUUGAAGGUGCAAAAUUAGGAGAUGAAAGUGCAGAAAUCAUGUGCGUGCUGCUGAAACGACAAGAUGACGUCCAAAGACAGUUCUGUUAACAUUCUGCUAAUAUUCUGGACAACAUUCUGUCAAUAGACUUCAGAAUUAGCAAGCAGAAAAUAUUAUUAUAUAUUAUAUAUGUAAUAUAUAUAUAUGUAGAAGUGCAGAAAUAAUAUACGUGUCAUUGAAACAAUAAGAUAACGUCCAAUAAUUAUUCUAUUAUCAAUAACAACGCAAGAUUAGCAGGCAAUAGAAGCGCAGAAAUAAUAUAUGCCAAAACGAUAAGAAGAUAGCUAAACGAUAACGCUGCUCGUUGACCAAUUCCAACGAUGUUUCGUAUCUUGGCUAAUUAUUUGUACAGAAUAAUUGAUGAAUAUUCAAACUGGCCUUCAGGAAGACGAGACACAUUUGCAUUGGCCUGAUCUGAUCUCAGACUGACUGGAGCCUGAACUUUCAUAUUUCUCGUAAUGAUCGAGCAUGGCAUUGCAUCGCGUUAUCGCGCUGUGACGUCACGUGGAUCGGAUCGCUGAUCUAGCUGACGAUCGAUCAGAGACAAGAUCUUGUGCAGUUAUCAAAGACAAAGAUGCGCUUGGUGAGCUUGGUGCUCAUCUUGGUACUGAUAGUGCUGAGUGUCGUGUGCAUAUACUUCGGCCUGAAAAAGCGUGCUCCCGCGCGCCCUAACAUCAUCAUAAUUAUCGCCGACGACCUUGGGUGGAAUGACGUCGGUUUUCAUGGUGCCGAUGAGAUCCCUACGCCGAACAUAGACGCUCUCGCGUAUCAUGGUGUGAUACUGAACCGACAUUAUGUGCUGCCGAUAUGCACGCCAUCGAGAACAGCCUUCCUCACCGGGCGAUAUCCUAUAAGAACAGGUAUGCAGGGUUACCCCUUGCGGGGAGCUGAGCCGCGCGGUGUACCAUUAAACAAUACUUUUCUACCAGGGUACUUGCGAAGACUCGGGUACGCCACUCAUCUCGUAGGGAAGUGGCAUGUCGGGUACCACACGAGGAAUUACGGGCCCACCCGUCGGGGGUUCGACACUUUCUUUGGGUAUUAUAACGGCUACAUCCAAUAUUUCAAUCACACACUUUACGAAAGUAAACAACGCGGCUACGAUUUGCAUCGGAUCACGGCUGACAAUCACUCGGUGGAGCACAACUACGAGUACGUGACUGACCUCGUGACCCGCGAGGCGGAGAUCAUCAUCUCGUCGCGCGAUCCCGAGAAGCCUCUGUAUCUGCAACUGGCGCAUCUCGCGCCUCACUCCAGCGAUGCUGAGGAGGUCAUGGAAGUGCGCGAUUGGCAAGAGACAAACGCCACCCUCGCUCACAUUCAGGACGUGAAUAGAAGAAAAUACGCGAGUGUCGUCGCCACGUUGGAUAAGUCGGUCGGUCGAGUAGUCACUGCUUUGAGCAGAGCGAAUCUGUUGGAAAACUCGAUCAUCGUUUUCCUAUCCGACAACGGAGCGCAGACCGAGGGUUAUUUGAAGAAUUACGGAUCCAAUUACCCGCUGAGAGGGUUGAAGUUCAGCUUGUUCGAAGGCGCCGUUCGGGGUGCGGCGUGCGUCUAUUCACCCUUGAUCGACCGUCCGUCGAGGGUUUCCACGCAAUUAUUUCAUAUCGCCGAUUGGCUGCCGACCUUAUACUCCGCGGCUGGCGGCGACUCGAAAGAUCUCAAACAGCUUGAUGGUAUCGAUCAAUGGCCCGCGAUCAAGAGCGCGAAAGACGGCAAGCGCAGAUCCCUCCUCGUGAAUAUCGAGGAAAAGCGCAAAAGCAAAGCGGCAUUGAUGGGACGCUAUAAAAUCGUCAAAGACAAUUCAAAGUAUCAGAAGUACUACGGUUAUCCCGGUAACGAUGCGUCGUAUCCCGAAUACAACGUGACGAGCGUGUUAACGUCGCCAACCGCAUCAGCCAUCGCGAGUGUUUCGACAUUCGCGUUAAACGCGAAUAAAAUAAUGAGGCUUCGAGCGAGAGCUACAGUGACGUGCAACAAUUUCACGGAUUUCCCCAACUGUGCAGACCGCCCUUGCCUGUUCGACAUCCAGAGGGAUCCUUGCGAAACGACGGAUUUAUCCUCGCAGCAUCCCGAGGUCGCCGAGAGAUUGAGCGCGUUCAUUGACGGCUAUAAAUCGGUCCUCAUGAAGCAGACGAACGCGCCUGUCGACCCGGCUGGUUUUCCCAGCAACUUUAACGACACUUGGAUGCCCUGGUUGCCGGACGACUAUCAAUCGAUCUUCGAAACGCAUCUCGCGACGAGCGAGGCUCCGUCCUGACGAAGCUGAAGCUUCGCUUCAAAUUGCGUCUCGGAUUGCGAGGCGACCGAUCCAAGAGAGAGAGAAAGAGAGAGAGAGAGAGAGAGAGAGAGAGAGAGAGAGAGAGAGGUGCACAGGUGCAUCGAUGAAGAAAUAAUCAUUGAAUGACUAAUUGUGCGCGCGCGUACGCGUUUGCUUUAUGUUGGAAUAAUCAAGUGCGGAGACCAAAAUUGCAAUCUCUUUGAGAAACUGAGAAAAAAAAUCCGGCUUUCAAGAUAUAAAUUUGAUUUUCAAAAUUAGACGAAAAAUAAUGUUUCUCAAUAAUCUGAAGGAUAAUAUUGUUUAGAAAUAAAUUUGAGAGAUACACACAAA